CGGUUUCAGCGGGUCAGAGAAGACGAGGAAGCGGACGGGCAGCGGAGCGAGUUUGAGCUCUGUAAAGAGGGAGAUUAUUUUCAUUAAUUUAGUACGCCUUUUUUAUAAAGUCAGCAUGCAAUAGAGUUGUUUAACGCCGGCGGAGCAGCGAACGUUGGAUUCUAUUUUCAAAAUCGUGGAAAUAAAAGGCUGUCACCAUGAACUCCGUAUUUUCAUCGGUUCGGUCCCUCAUGCAAAUGUUCGAUGGCAAAAUACAAGAAUUCAUCAGUGAUGUUGAUAAUGUCCACAUGGUUUGGCUCGAGGAGAUCCAGCAAGAGGCCAACCGCAUGUUCUCAAGUGAUAGCACCGAGCCGGAAUUAAUGCCAAAAACUCCAUCCCAGAAAAAGAACAGUCGCAGGAAGCGUGUAUCUUUGGGGCGUCAAGAAGAAAAUCAAACUAAGCGACGAUUUUCAAAGGGAAAGCGCAGCAAUCUUCGCGGCUCAGCUGUGAACGCACUGAACCUCAUCUCUGAAGAAGCAUCAGAGGCUUCCACCUCUGAGGCCACCACCACAAAGUCCACACGGAGCACCCGCAGAAACAAGCAAACUCAGCCCGAGGUUGCAGUGGAUCCUGGCCAGUCUUCUUUUGACGGCUGUAAAUCUGACAAGGGUUUGGUGCCAGACAAAGAGCCAGCAGUGGUAGAAGAGGGGGAUGCCGACAAACAGAGCCAGGAGAACAUUUCAGUGACAGAGAAAGAGACAGACAAGUCAUCAGACACAGUCCCAUCUCCGCCUAAACUGCCUUUACCUGAGGUUGCCGUGAGCAUCUCUGAAGCAGAUCGUUUGUCUGCUGAGAUGGCUAAGAAGCCAGAGGCCUCUCCUGGCCGUACAGCUACUAAAAUUGCAAUAGCUGGUGCACACAAGGGGUCACGGCGGAGCUCUGUGCGCCAUUCCCUCAAACUUCGACACUCUCUGGCAGGGCUGCGGCACAGCAUGACACAAGAGUCGGUUCGCCGGGCCUCCAGGCGUUCCAUACUGAAGAAGAAAACUCGUCUGGGCAACUCGACUUGUAACAGUAAUGUAAGCGAGGACUCUUCAAUGGAAACUGAGGUGGAAGAGGACGCAAAAGAAGUGUUGGCAGUGUCAGAUGAAGAGGUUAAUGCUGGAGGAGCUGAACAAUCUGAGGAUAUUCCCAAGAAACUGACUGCCCAGAACACAGAGCGCUUAAGUGGGCGCAUUACUCGCUCUAUGGCUGUAAAUUCUCCCACAGUGGCACGCUCCGCUCUGCUGACCAGCAGCCAUUUUGCUGGCACACCAAACAAAAGCUCAGUUGGCAGUCAAAAGAAACCAGACUCCCAGUCAAGUCUGUGGUCCCGCCAAAGUGGCAAACGCAAGGCACCAGACACGACAGAGGAAAGCCCCACAAAGAGGCCCUCUCCACCAAAGAAGAGUCAAAGUGCAAUCAAGCCCCAUAUGAAAUCUUUUCAUCACACUGUGCAGAAGAAUCAGAUGCUGAUGAUGACUCCGACCUCCCUGGGCCGCACCGCUGUUAUCAAAUCCUUUAUCAAAUACACCACUCCUGUGAAGGCUGAUCCCAAGUCCAGCGGUGGUGUAGUGAUGAAAGAACGGCUGAAACUGGAAGCACUCAAAAAGAAGCAGGAGCAAGAAGAAGAAAGAAUGAAGAAAAUGGAGGAGGAGAAGCGAAAGAAACAGGAGGAAAUCAAAAGGAAGAGGGAUGAGAGACUAAGAAAAGUGGUAGAGGCCAGAGUGAAGGAGGAACAGAAAGAAGAGGAAAAGAAAAAGAAGAUUGAGCAGAAAAUGGCCCAGAUUGAUGAGAAAAACGAUAAGCUUCGUGUUGAGCGCCUGGCAGAAGAGAAGGCCAAGAAGAAGGUGGCCAUGAAACGUCAAGAGGAGCUGGAGCAGAGGCGGAAACUGGAAGAAGAGGCUAGAAAGAAGAAGAUUCAGCAAGCGGAAGAGGAGAAGCGGCAGCAGGAGCUGCUGGCCAAGCGUAAGGCGGAGGAAGAGGAGCAGCAGCGAGCUCGCAAGCUGGUUGAAGCACGCCGAGCCUUGGAGCUGAAGAGGGAGCAGGAGCUUGAGAGAGAGAGACAAGCAGCAGCUGAAAGGGAGCGUGCAGAAAAGGAAAAGGCUCUGGCUCUGCAGCGGGAACUGGAGAGAGCAGCAAGAGAGAAAGAGAGGAGGGAGUUGGAGGAGAGAAGAAAGCUUGAGGAAAGGAAAAAGCAGGAGGAGCAGCAGAGAUUGGCUGCAGAAGAGAGGGCUGCUAGAGAGAGGGAAGUGGCGAAGCAGAGAGAGGCUGCUGCCAAGAAUGCUUUGACUACUAAUAUUCAGACCCAUGCAGGCAAGGGUGCUGAAAUGAACGUAACUAUGGACAUCGAGCGUACUGUAAUGAAGACGCCUGCAGGCAAGGGUGGUGGCUUAAACGUGACUAUGGAUAUUGAGCAAUCUCCUCAGUCAUACAGCAUCACUCCAAAAGGAGGAAACAAACCUGUUGUUGUGAGCCAAAAUCCUGAAGAUUAUGGAAUGGACCAAAACAGUGACGACUCCACUGAUGAUGAGUCUGCUCCAAGGAAACCGAUACCAUCGUGGGCAGAAGGUCAAAAUCUGCAGAAGGCCAUCAUAAAACAGUACUUCAGCCCAUUCGAUUUACACUCAUACUGCGGAGGGAUCGAACCACCGAGGCUGGAGAAUAUCUUUUAUAAGAGCAAGCCCCGCUAUUUCAAACGCACCAGCUCAGCGGUCUGGCACUCACCACCUCGGAUUGGAAACCAUUUGUAAACACUGGGAACUGGGUUGGGUUUUUAUUGUAAUGUCCUUUUUUUUCUCUCUCUUUUAAUUGAUCUUGUUUAAGUUUGUCAGUCUUGAAGAAGUUCUAAUGUCUGCCUUCAAUAAAGUGUUCUAGGGAAUGGA